CGCCCCCGCACCUCUUUCUUCCCCAUAUGGCCAUACUAUCACACUAGACUCCUCUCCUCUCCGCUCCGCGCCGGCAUGGCCUCCUGUUCCCAGCGCCUCUCACCUACCGUGUGCCAGUCCCCCUCACGCGCCACGCCCCCCCUCGGAUAACUACUAGUUGCCGUACCGUGGGAGCGCCGCCUCGAGUCUCACCAACAACACCUGCUGGUGCGUAGCCGCGCCCGCGCCCCCGCCGCGGCUCUCUGGUUGGAUUCCCGUGCGGGAUCGGCGGGCGAACCUCCGACUCACCGCCGCGACCGUUCCCGCAUUACAGGGGCGUCCGUGCGUGCGUGCUCCGGAUGGGGGCGUCCCACGACGACGAGGCGGGGCCGCUGGCGAGCCUCCUGGCGGCGCGCCGCGCGCUGCGGGCCGGCCUGGACAAGUCGCGCGCGCUGAGCCGCGCGCUGGCGCCCCGGCUGGAGGGGAUCCAGGCGCGGCUGCCGGCCAUGGAGGCGUCAGUGCGCCCGAUCCGCGCGCCGCCGGAGGCGCUCGCCACGGCGGGGCCCAACAUCGACCGCGCCGUGGGCCCCGCCGCCGCCGUGCUCAAGGUGUUCGACGCCGUGCACGGCCUCGAGCCGCCGCUCCUCGACCGCGCCGCCGCCGCCGCCGACCUCCCGGGCUACCUCGCCGUGCUCGCGCAGCUCGAGGCCGCGCUCCGCCUCCUCUCCGACAACUGCGGCCUCGCCACGCAGUGGCUGGCCGACAUCGUCGCCUACCUCGGGGAGCGCAGGCUCGCCGACGCCCGCUUCGUGGCCGGCCUCGCCGCCGCGCUCGACCGCCUCAGGGACGACGCCUCCGCCGGCCUCGACGCCGGGCUGCUCGCCGCCGCGCUUGACAUGCUCCAGGCUGAGUUCCGCCGGCUCCUCAAGGACCACUCCGCGCCGCUUGCUAUGAAGGACCCCGACGGCUCUGGCUCCGAUCCGCCCCCCGUCGUCCCUUCUCGGAUCCCUGCCGCAGUCGUGCACAAGCUCAGCCUCAUCCUUGACCGCCUCGCUGCCAACGGCCGGCUUGACCACUGCUCCUCGGCGUAUGGGGACGCGCGAGGGGAUACCGUGUGCGCCAGCCUCCGCGCGCUCGGCCUUGAUUACCUCAAGGAGACGUCGGGGGACGCGCAGGCGCUCAGCCCGAGCGUCGAGCGCUGGGCCCGGCAUCUGGAGUUUGCGGUGCACCACCUCCUUGAAGCUGAGAGAAAGCUCUGUGUCGCGGUGUUUGAACGGCGGCCUGAGGCCGCGCCCUUGUGCUUUGCUGAGAUUGCAGCUCGUGCUGGCAUUCUUGAUUUCCUCGACUUUGGCCGUGCCCUGGCUGAUGCCAGGAAGGACCCCAUCAAGCUAUUGCGGCUGCUCGAUGUGUUCCAUUGUUUGAACAAGCUGAGGCUGGAUUUCAACCGUUUGUUCGGUGGAAAGGCCUGCGUAGAGAUCCAAAGCAGGACUAGGGAGCUCGUCAAGAGGGUCGUGGAUGGUGCUGUUGAGAUCUUUGAGGAAUUGCUUGUUCAGGUUGAGCUGCAGCGCACUAUACCGCCACCAGUUGACGGCGGGGUGCCACGCCUAGUGAGCUUUGUCGCUAAGUACUGCAAUCAGCUUCUUGGGGAGCAGUAUCGAUCUGUGCUAACACAGGUGAUCACCAUCCACCGCAGCUGGCGCAAAGAAGUGUUUAAUGACAAGAUGCUUGUUGAUGCGGUGCUUAAUAUCGUUAAGACACUUGAGCUCAACUUUGAUACAUGGUCAAAGGCUUAUGGAGAUACAACACUGUCGUCUCUCUUCAUGAUGAACAUACACUGGCACUUCUUCAAACACCUAAAGGGUACUAAGCUGGGCGAGCUGUUAGGUGAUCCAUGGCUCCGGGAGCAUGAACAGUACAAGGAUUACUACUCAGCGAUGUUUCUGAGGGAGAGCUGGGGAACACUUGCACCCCUGUUGAGCAGGGAGGGCCUGAUCAUGUUUUCCAAGGGCCGGGCUACUGCAAGAGAUUUAGUGAAACAGAGGCUCAAAUCAUUCAAUGCUAGCUUCGACGAGAUGUUUCAAAAGCAGUCUAAAUGGGUGAUAUCGGAUAGGGAUUUGCAGCAGAAGACAUGCCACCUCGUGGUGCAGGCCGUAGUGCCUGUUUACAGGAGCUUCAUGCAGAAUUAUGGGCCGCUUGUUGAGCAGGACGUUAGUGCGAGCAGGUAUGUGAAGUACAGCGCCGAGGAUCUGGAUAAGAUGCUCAACACGCUCUUCCUGUCCAAGCCAGGCAGGCCAAUGAGAGCUGGAAGCUUCCAAAUCAAAAAUUCGAAUGACAAGAUUACCAGUGCAAUGACAGGAUUGUAUCGGAGUGCUUCUACUCUGAAGUAGCUUCAGUGGCAGUUGGGAAAUACUGAAUGCACAAUUUGUGCAAUAAGCCAAUAACUUCGUAGGCAAAGGUGGUUCGGGCCAGUAAGUCAAGAUCCCCACUUAUGUGGGGGGUGCAAUAAUGGUUCCAUGAUUAGAGCAGCUGGAGCAUAAGAUGAACAUAAAACUCUUCCAGAACUGAUAUUGUGGGGGAGAAAGAUGACAGGAGUGUUUCCUCAGCGGGUCUCCUUCCUGUCGAUCAUCUUUUCACCUUCUAUUGCAUUCUUAUCUGUAGCAAGUAUACUCAAUUCAUUUUAGGAACUUGUGUGGGAGCAGAGGAUGUGUAAUCAGUUAUCUGGUACAUGGUAGAAGAUUGGUUGUAUUAUAGGAGGUGUUAAGUUGUUGCAUAUGGUUAUGGUAUACUAUGUUUUAGAUCUCAUGAACAUGCAGUGAAUUAUAUGGAGUACAUUAUAACUGGUGGCGAAUGGU